AUGUCCGCUGAGCUAUACACGUUCUUGGCCGCGCUCCUGGCAGUAGGCAUCGGAUGGUGGUGGUCAUACGUGAAACCACCCCCGGCUCACGACCACCAACCGGUGCCGACUUUCUGCGUUCGCGGCGUACCCCUCGACUGGAACUCAGACGAUCUAAGAUCUUUCUUAGCAAAGAAGCAUGACUCUGCUGACCCGGAUGUCCGAUCCUUGGCCGUCGAGGUUCAUGGGCGCUCACAGACGGCCACGGUUUCUUUUCGGAACGUGCCCUACGACCUGCAGAUUCCUCUACCUGCGACGUCAGACAAUCGAUCGAGGGUCAUGACGCUUGACCGUGACUUCCUUGGCAUCACAACACUCUACGCCCCUCCCCCGCAGGACCACAAGGUCGACCUUAUCGCGAUCUCCGGCCUCGGCGGACACGCAUUCGGGUCAUUCAAGCAGAGGGGAGGAGAGCACAUGUGGCUACGGGACUCAGUUCCGAAACAUAUCACCGGGGAAGGCGAUAACAAGCCCAUUGCGCGUGUUAUGAUAUAUGGCUACGACUCGGCUCUUCCGCAGAGCAACAAUUUCCAGAACUUGGAAGAUCUCGGGACGGCGUUUCAUUCGCACCUUCGGUGGCUGGCGAUGGACGGCGCAUCUCGCCCGAUCGUGUUUAUUGCCCACAGCCUUGGUGGGCUGAUCGUGAAGCAGACCCUCAUAUCCCUCUCCAGGUCCACGGACGAGCUGGACCAGAAACUAAUACGAGCAGUAUACGGAAUCGCCUUCUUCGGCGUCCCACAUGAUGGUAUGGAUAUUAGCUCCCUUAUAGCCAUGGUUGAGGAUGGCCCAAACCGGUUCCUGUUGGAGUCCAUAGGACCCUUCAGCUCGCAGAUCCUUACCAUCCAGCAGCGUGAGUUUCUAGAGGCAUUACGGGGCCGAGGCGAAUCCGAGAUUGUUUGCUUCUUCGAAACCCGCAGAUCGCCGACUGCCCAGAAGAACGAAAGCGGCAGGUGGGAGAUGACAGGACCGGACGCCGUCCUAGUGUCAAAGGCCUCCGCCACGCAUUGCCGACCGUGGGAGAAUGGGCCACAGCAUAUCUGCGCCAUCGACCGUACGCACUCGGAAAUGGUCAAAUUUGGGCCAGAAGACCAUGAGUACGAGAAGGCCCUUGGGCGAAUCAGGUCCCUCGUUUUCGGGGCGCUUAAAGCACGAAGGCGCCCUCUACGGCCGAGAUUAUCACAGGAAGACCGAGAUUGCUUACAAUCGCUGGCCUUUCCGCAGAUGCAUGAUCGUGCCAAAGAUGUUGAAACAGCCACCAAGGGAACAUGCCAGUGGCUUCUCGAACACGAGAUGUACAAGAACUGGGCCGCAUCCAAUUCAGGCCUGCUCUGGGUCAAGGGAAAGCCGGGUUCGGGGAAGUCAACCUUGCUCAAAUAUGCCCUUGACAUACAAGAAGAGACACUAUCAUACAGUAGUAAUCUUGUUUUGUCUUUCUUCUUUCACGGCCGCGGCGACAAGCUUCAAAAUACUCCUCUCGGCUUCUUUCGGUCUAUUGCUCAUCAGGUCCUUAGCCAGGUGCCUUCUGCGCUCUCCAACCUGGUCGACGAAUUUCAACGGAGACGUGAGCAGAUCGGCGAGCCAGGUCAGAAGUGGCAGUGGCAUCCAAAAGAGCUUUUGCACUUCUUCGAGUCGUGUCUUCCGAAGAUGCUCGAAUCCCACUCAGUCUGGUUGUUCGUCGACGCCUUGGACGAGUGUGGCAAAGAUAAUGCGGUUGAACUCUUUCGAUGGUUCAAAACCUUGCUCCAGACUCUGCCAAACACCGCUCGACGAUGUCGCAUCUGUGUCACUUGCCGUCACUAUCCGAUUCUGGAUCAGGUUUGCGAGUUUCAGAUAUGUCCUGAGCAUGAAAAUGCGCGAGAUAUAUCUACUUACGUCCAGGGCCAGCUAUCUAACUCUCGCGAGCGAACAUCUACGGUCCCGGCCCUUAUCACAAAUCGCGCCUCUGGUGUCUUCAUGUGGGCGCGUCUGGUGGUGAAGGAAGUGCUGGAUCUUGAACGUGAAGGUGCCGGGCCGAAGAAGAUAAAAGCAGCAGUCUACUCGAUCCCCCAAGAUCUUGAUAAACUAUACCAGGAACUCAUCAAGAGCAUGAAGCCGGCCUCCCUUAAGCUUAUCCGAUGGAUAUGUUUUGCUACUCGGCCUCUAUCAAUAGACGAGUUACGAUGGGCUAUGGUUAUUGAGGUCGAUUGCCCAUACCGGUCAUUACAGGCAUGCCGGGACGCGGAGGAUGUGCUGGACAGCGAACAGAUGGAGAAACAGCUUCGGACGCUCAGCCACGGCCUUGCUGAGGUCACAUCCGAUAUGCAGACUGUCCAGUUCAUCCACCAGUCCGUCAAGGACUUCUUCAUGGAGAAGGGCCUUUUGACGCUGGUCGGCAACUCAAUGUCACCCGAUACGCUAAGUAGAGGAGCACACUUUCAGCUGUCCAGGACCUGUAUUCGCUACCUGGCGAUGGAGGAGAUCGGCCAGUCAACAGACUCCUCACUUGUCAACAUGAAGUCCGAUUUUCCUUUACUAAAUUAUGCUACGACCUCAUGGGUGGCACAUACAAAACAAAGCGAUGCAAAGGAUGCCCCCCAAGACGACCUUCUGGUUUUGUUUGCUUGGCCAUCAAACGUGCUUGUAGACCUAUGGACGCGUAUCUACAAGGCGAUGGACAGAUAUUCACGUUACUGUCCAGCAAAAGGGACGACUCUUUUACACAUUGUAGCAAAGUAUGAGAUCUUGGGGACAUUACAAGACAUUUUGGACAAGAUAUCCCAAACUGCUGUAGACAUCGAUUCGAAGGAUGAGCUUGGGCUGACGCCGUUGCAUAGGGCCGCUGGGGAGGGCCACGAGGCAGUCGUGCGGCUGCUGCUUGAGAGUGGUGCUGCCGUCGAUUCAAAGGAUGAGCAUGGGGUGACGUCGGUGUAUAUGGCCGCUUUAGAAGGCCACGAGGCGGUCGUGCGGCUCCUGCUUGAGAGUGGUGCUGCCAUCGAUUCGAAGGAUGAGGAUGGGUGGGUGCUGGUGUAUAGGGCUGCUGGGCUGGGCCAUAAGGCGGUCGUGCGGCUCCUGCUUGAGAGUCGUGCUGCCAUCAAUUCAAAGGAUGAGUAUGGGUGGAUGCCGGUGCAUAUAGCCGCUUUAGGAGGCCACGAGGCGGUCAUGCGGCUCCUACUUGAGAGUGGUGCUGCCAUCGAUUCGAAGGGUGAGUAUGGGCAGAUGCCGGUGCAUCAGGCCGCUAUAGGAGGCAAUAAGGCGGUCGUGCGGCUUCUACUAGAGGAGGGCGCCGCUAUCGAGGUGCAGAAUGGGGAGGGGCAGACGCCGCUACAUCAGGCUGCCAGAUAUGGCCACGAGGCGGUUGUGCGGCUUCUGCUAGAGGAGGGCGCCGCCAUCGAGGCGCAAGAUAAGAAAGGGCAGACGCCGCUGCAUCGGGCUGCCAGAUAUGGCCAUGAGGCGGUUGUGCGGCUUCUACUAGAGGAGGGCGCCGCCAUCGAGGUGCAAGAUAAGGAAGGGCAGACACCGCUACAUAAGGCCGCUGAAUACAGCCGUGAGGCGGUCGUGCGGCUUCUACUAGAGGAGGGCGCCGCCAUCGAGGCGCAAGAUAAGAAAGGGCAGACGCCGCUGCAUCGGGCCGCCGAAUCCGACCGCGAGGCGGUCGUGCGGCUGCUCGAAACAUCCCGGGCCGAGGCGGUUCGAAGGAUAGUGGAGCGUUAA